UUCUGCGCUUGUUGCCCGCUCCUCGUCACCAGACCACACACCCCCAACCGCAGUCUCAGCACCCCCAAAGACAGCCAAAAUGGAGAACGAUCGCGGCGAAAUUGUCGACCUUUACGUCCCCCGCAAGUGCUCUGCGACGGGCCGCAUCAUCAAGUCCAAGGACCACGGUUCUUGCCAGAUCACCAUCGCCAAGGUCGACGAGAACGGCCGUGCCAUCCAGGGCGAGAACAUCAUCUACGCUCUCUCCGGCUUCGUUCGCGCCAUGGGCGAGUCUGACGACUCCCUCAACCGCCUUGCCCAGCGCGAUGGUCUCCUCAAGGCCGUCUGGAACCCCCAGCGCUAAAUGUCUGGAGUGUUUUUGAACGAAUGAGGCAAUGACAAUAUCCGACAUGAUCGAUCUGGACACAAGAACGACCUGUAGGAAAAAAGCAGGCAACGACUUGGGACGAACAACUACUGGCAGCGGGACCACGACAUUGGGUUGGGAACUCUGGGAUUUGCGGAAAUGCAUCUUUGAUUGACAAAGGCUCAAUGGCGUCAGAAGGAUAUUGUUUCUCAUUCGGAAAAAAUACACUGGCAUUGAUGAUCUGAACGAGUUCCGUCCACAUACCGUCUGUCUACAGAUUUCUCACCAACACCGAACAUCUUACAUCCGAUUUCAUGACACCGAACCCAAUCGACCGUGACAUUG